AUGGAACCUCCUCCGCCUGCGGAUGAUGUCGACAACGCUACCUUCUUCGCUGAAUGGGAGCGGAGAACCAAAGAGUUCCUGAAUAUCAUCCAAGGCCGCGAGCUGUACAAUUUUUUCAACAAUCGAGUGCUCGAGUCGCGCUCAACCAACGGGCGGCUAGUCGCCGUGAAAAUCAAGUCCAAGUACACCUUCAAGCGUUCCGAAGCCCAGAUGAUGCACUAUGCCUCGGAGAACGGAAUACGCGCCCCACGGGUACUGGGCUGUUACAACGUGGCUCCCACUCUGGUGGUGACAGUAUCAGACCGGGUCCCGGGCCAGUCGCUUGACCAAGUAUGGCAUACGAUGGACCGAGCCACGCAGGAGGGAAUCAAGCAUCAACUGCGAGAGGAGUUGAGUAAGUUCCGCAAAUUAACCCAGCCCUACAUUGGUCGCAUUGACCGUCAAAAAACGCAUUGUUUCUUCCAGCGUUUGGGCCAUGAGACCAUGGGUCCAUUCGAUUCGGAAAAGGAAUUCGACAAGUGGUGUCUGAACCGAAUAGAAGACAGGCUUCUUCGGGAACUCUGGAGGCCGUGCUUGCCUGCCAUGAGGAGCAAGUCGACCAGAUUUGUCUUGACCCAUGGAGAUUUGGCUGCCCGGAACAUCAUGGUGGACGGUGGUCAAAUCACUGGAAUUGUGGACUGGGAGUACAGUGGGUUUUUCCCGGAGUAUAUGGAAUAUGCAGUCACCAUGGCCAUCCACGACUGCAUCGAGGAUUGGUGGCUUCCAGUCUUACAAGAAGUCCUCGAGCCAUGUGGAUCAAUGCGGUUGAAGUUCGUCGAUGCGCUCAAGACGUAUCAGGAAUUGGAACGGCGAAGGUAA